GGCCACUUGGAAGUGAAAGAUCAGGAGUUUUGGGUAUAUGGCUUGUGAAAAGAGCAAGAUUCUGAUAUUCGGAGCCACAGGUUACCUCGGCAAUUUCAUGGUGAAGGCCAGCGUUUCUCUAGGCCAUCCAACCUUUGCCUACGUCCGCCCAUUGCUCAAACCGAAUAUCAACUCCAACGCCAACCCUCCCAAGCUAGUUCUCCUCAAAGAAUACGAGGCUUUGGGAGUCACCAUUAUCCACGGCGAAUUGGAUGAGUACGGGAAGCUUCUAGCAGCGAUUCGUCGUGUGGAUGUUGUCAUUUCUACGUUGUCUGUUCCUCAACACCUUGAUCAACUGAAGAUAAUCCAAGCCAUGAAGGAUGCUGGAAAUAUAAAGAGAUUUAUUCCGUCAGAAUUUGGAAACGAAGUUGACAGAGUGAGUGGAUUACCGGCUUUUGAGGCUGUGCUUGAGAACAAAAGGAAGAUCAGGAGGGCUACCGAAGAGGCCGGAAUUACCUUCACUUACGUCUCUGCGAACUCUUUUGCAGCGUAUUUCGUUCACCACUUGCUGCAUCCUCACGAAAAAAGUGAGGAAGUAGUUGUUUUUGGAAGUGGGGAAGCCAAGGCUGUGUUAAAUUAUGAGGAGGAUAUUGCAGCCUAUACCAUAAAAGCAGCCACUGAUCCAAGGGCAGCUAAUCGGGUCAUCGUGCUUAGACCUCCGGGAAACAUUGUAUCUGAGAUGGACUUGAUUUCUUUAUGGGAGAAAAAGACGGGACGAACUCUGAAACCGAUUUAUGUCCCCGAAGAGGAUAUAGUAAAGCUCUCUGAGACCGCACCAUUCCCAGAUAACAUACGUAUGGCUAUCUUUCACAACAUCUUCGUCAAAGGGGACCAGACGAGCUUUGAACUCACUGACGACGACCUAGAGGCCUCCAAAUUAUUCUACGAUCACAACCAUACUUCCAUCGAUGCCCUCCUUGACAUUUUCUUGGUUAAUCCUCCCCAACCCAAACUGGCAUCGUUUUAAUUAAUGUUUAGUUCAAGAAUAGUCCAGGGGCGCCACUAGUCAUCAUGUUAUCGUCGUAUGUAUUAUAUAUGUGGGCAAGACAAUUCUCAAUUUGAAUAAAAUUACCUGGAUUACCACGGA